AUGUGGAUUUUACCUCUUGUCGGCUACGUAGGAACCCUCCUGGGUUUCUGCUUUUUGACUCUCGCUAUUGCAUCAGGUCUUUAUUACUUGUCGGAACUCGUCGAGGAGCAUAGCGUCAUUGCGAAGCGAUUCCUUACGCGUCUCAUCUACAGCGUCAUUGUGGUUCAGUUGAUUCUUUGGCUGGUUGAUGGAUUCCCUUUCUGGGCUACUAUCUUGACGAUUGUAUCCCAUGUUGUCUAUCUGGGGAAUAUGCGACGCUUUCCUUUUGUGAAGCUGACAGAUCCUUUGUUCCUGGCAUCUUGUGUUCUUGUCCUGGUCAACCACUACGUAUGGUUCCGACACUUUUCCGAUGCCCAAUCGCGCGCGUACCAGCGAACCUCGUUCUACGACAAGGCGGAUGUUCCUAGCUUUGCGCAAAUCGCGUCGUACUUUGGUCUUUGCGUGUGGCUUGUACCAUUUGCGCUUUUCGUCAGUUUGUCUGCUGGCGAUAAUGUCCUUCCUACCAUGGGAACAGAGCCUGUUCAUGGGCUCGAUGGAAGAGGCAAGCCUCAGGGCAUGAUCAAAGCUCUUGUUGGUCAAAUUCAGGGAGCGCUUGGUCAGAUUUUCGGGUCGAAUGCGUCGCCUGGUCUUGCUCGGCCGUAA